CAUCUGUUCUUAGCACAAACAGGAAGUGACGUCUUAUCUAUUUUAUGUUUUGAAUGUCGUGGAGCUGUUUGUCUGGAAUAUGGAAUUUUCUUUCAGUUUAUUUAUUCAACAUUUCGGCAUUCACUAAUAACACGUUUGUAUUUAAGAGAGAAAUAAUAACAUUAGCACAAGCAGUAACAUAUUAAGCAUAAAUAAUGUUUGCAAAACAUAUCUCAGCAUGUCGCUUGUAUUUGCGAACAGCGAAAGUUUUGCGCUAUGGAUACAUCAGGAAUUUUCAAAGACACCAACAUUCCAGUAUGGAGAAGAUAACUAUAUCUGUUGAAGGUAACAUUGGUGCUGGUAAAUCAGAAAUGCUUAACUUUUUUGCUAAAGACCCUACAAUAGAGGAUCUGAUGUACAAGGACCCUUCUCGUUGGGGAUUUACUUUCCAGUCUUAUGUCCAGCUCACAAUGCUACAAAAUCAUAUGAGUAAAUGUGCUAAACCAGUACAAAUGAUGGAGAGGUCUAUUUAUAGUGCAAAAUAUGUUUUUGUAGAGAAUUUGUAUAAAAGUGGUUUAAUGCCAGGUGCGGACUAUGAAGUUUUAACUGAGUGGUUUAACUGGGCUACCAACAAUCUUGACUUUCAUGUUGAUCAAAUUAUUUAUCUUAGAUGCCAUCCAGAAACAGCACUUGAAAGAAUUAAGAAACGAAACAGAAAAGAGGAACUAAAUAUAACUUUGGAAUAUCUCCAAUCUUUACAUGAACGACAAGAAGAGUGGCUCAUAGAUGGUUGUUAUGGAAAACAUACAGAAGUCCUGGUUUUGGAUGCUGAACAAGAUCUAAAAAGCAUGUUGGAAGUUUUUGAAAAUUCUCGAAAUAAGAUCUUAUGUCUGUAAAUGAAAGACAUAUAAAUCUACUGCCGUAACUUUUAACACUCAAUUUCUAUGUCAGAUGUGCUAGAUUUAUACAGCAAUCCAGCAGAGGAUUUGGGAUCAAUGUAGUGGAGUAUGUUUAUGUUUGUUUCGUGUCUGUUUGAAUUUAGUGGACAAAAUAGUGGUUAUAAAAUGAGAUUAUGGCAUUCAAGUGAUUAUGAGAUUAUGGCAUGGUUUCUAUGGCUGGAUGCCCUUCCUAACACCAACCACUCUGAGAGAGUAAUGGGUGCUUUUACGUGCCAGGUCCAAAGUGCAUUUUUAUCACCCAAAGAAAAAAAUAUUGAAGUACUGAAAUUCUUGCAGCACAAAACUUCCAUUUAAUUUGAUGCCCACUUUUGUCUGCACACAGAAUAACUAAACUAGAAAAUCAUGGAACAAAUCCAGUUAGUUUUGCUCAAAGAUCUCCGUGAUUAACAAAUGUUUAGACAUCCUCCUUCUUUAGUCAAUGUAUCCAUUACAGCAUUAAAGACACAUCUAACUAAGUUACGUCACUGGAAAGGGUAAAAAUAUUUACUGGGCCUCUGUAGCUCAUUUGUUAUACUUGGCAUCAUUUUAGGGUUCCAUCCACAUGAAGUGUUGUUUUAAAGCAAGGAUCAGUUUCAUCCUGUCAUCAUUUGGUAUGUCCAUUAGCUUGUCAAUCUAGUCAAACUCCAUUUUAGCCAGGCAGUCAUUAUUUUGUCAGUUAAAGAGAAAGGGUUGAGAAAUCCAAGAAAGGAAGCUCAUUUGCUUCAGAUCAAUGAAUUUGUUGCUUAGAUAUUCUUUGAGCUGGAGAGGUGUUCUGAGAUUGAUUGUAAGACAUUUUGUGAUGAAUCAUAUUUAUUGAAAUGUGUGAAGUGAGAGUGGUUAUUUCUCAAAGCAUUUUAAAAACAGUUUGCUGAUGAAAAUCUUUUGUUCAUCUUGCAGUACCUUAUUUAAUUUAUUCAAUUUACUAAAAAAUCAGAAAGAUAGAAAAUUGAGAUUUACACACACACACAUACACUCGUGUGUGUGCUGGUGCUACAUAAAAAGCUCCCAGUACACUCUGUAAAGUAGUUGGCAUUAGGAAGGGAGCCUGGUGCAGCUUCCAGCCUUAUCAGCUCUUGUCAAACCCUCCAACCCAUGCCAGCAUGGAAAACAGAUGUUGAUUGCUGAUAAUAUACGGAGUAUAUUUUUUAUCCAGUUUGGAGUUCCUCUCCUGACUAGAAUUCCUCCCUACAAAAUCUGAAGCAAAUUAAGUACCCUACCCAAAGACGGUGAAACUUGUACAGUUGACAUCAAGUAAUAAUUCUCCAUUAGUUUCAACAAUUAGCAUGUAGUUGUUUGACCAACAGAAUGGCCUACUCAUUGAUUUAGCAUUUAAGUGGCUGAGUAUUCCACAGAUACAUAUACUCUUGACAUAAUUCUCAGUUGACUGUGACAAUGUUGAACCAUGUUAAAUUACUGGUACAAUCCACACAGUUUCUAUCUGCCCAAUUUCACUCACACGGCUUGGGUCACCUCAAGACUUUGGUAAAAGACAUUUACCCUAGAUUAUAACAUAGUGGGAUCAAACCCAUAACCUCAUGAGUGUGAAGUGAACUUCUUAACCACUUAACCAUGCUGUGUUUCAUUGAUAUCAGCUCCUACUCAGGAAGUAACAGUUUGACAUUUCUAUUCACUCACCCAUGCCAUUUGUAAAUAAUAAUAAUUUGUCCCACCCAUGCCAGCAUGGAAGGCAAACGUUAAACGUGUUGGAAGAUUGCAAUUGUUGCUGCUUAGCUCCAAAUCAAGCAGAUCUAUAAUCAAAUGCCUUCCAGUUCAUCUUUCUGCAUAUCCAGAACCACAUUACCAAAUGUUUUUUCUCGUAUUUAUUUUUCUUUUGAGACAUCAAAGUGUAUUUGAAAGAGAUUUUUGGCUGUUAUUUCUACCAAGUUGACUGAUCAUAUAAAAGAUACUUCAGCUCAUAAAA